AGCCGCCCGCCCGCCCGCCGCCGCCGCCGCCGCCGCCCUCCCAGCGCUGUCAGGUGCGUGCCGCCCGCCAGCAUGGCUCCGCCGCUCCGCCGCCGCCGCCGGACUUAGCGCCGGGCCGCCCGCGGGUGCCGCCCGGCCCGGCGGCCCCCGGAGCCCGCCGCCGCCGCCGCCGCGGGGCCCGCCGCGCCGAGGCUCUCCGUGCUCCCCGCCCAGGUGACCCGCCGCCGCCGCUCCCCGGAGUCGCCUCCAGCGCGCGCCGGCCCCGGCCGAGGAUGCCGCCCGCCGCCGGCCGCCGCCGCUCAUCUGUUGCUGCCUGACCGCGCGGCCCCGGCGCAGCCUCCCGAUGGACGCGGCAGCCCCCGCUCCCCGCCCGCCCGGCGCCGCCGCGCUUCCCGUUGUGCCGGGAAUCAUUCCGGAGCUCCGCGGCUGGUGAAGCCCCGUCUCGCCCGAGCUGGAGGCUCCCGAUGAAUAUGCGGCAUCCCGCCCGGCUCGCCUCUCCCGUUAGCCUCCCGUUUCCCACCGCGGCGCCGGGCAGCGCCGCCUCCUAGAGCUCCGGACUUCGGGCUGCUUGGCGCUUUCCCCCGCCGCCUUUGCACCUCCAGGAUCCGGGCGCGCGGACCGGCGUCCCCCCUCCCCGCCCCCCUUCCCUCCCCUUCCCCUUCGCCCCCCACCCCCCGCCCGCCUCGGAGCCCUUCUGCACACUCCUCUCCCUCUUUUUUCGGGUGGAAAUCGACAGUAACUCCGGGGGGGCGGGCGGGGGGGAGGACCAUGGAAGAAAAGCUCCAGGCGCAUCAGGUAGAGAUCGACCCGGAUUUCGAGCCCCAGAGCCGGCCGCGGUCGUGCACCUGGCCGCUCCCCCACCCCGACUUCGCGGCGGAGGAGGAGGAUGGGGGCGCGGCGGGCGGCCCCCCGGCGCUGGCGGCCGGCGGCGCGGAGGGCGCCGAGAACGCGGCGGCCCCGGCGGAGCGCAGAGCCGCCGCGGCGCUGCCGCCGCCGGGCGCGGACGUUGGACAGCUCCGCAAGGCCAAGACCUCCCGCAGGAACGCCUGGGGCAACCUCUCCUACGCCGACCUCAUCACCAAAGCCAUCGAGAGCUCCCCGGAGAAGCGGCUCACCCUCUCGCAGAUCUACGACUGGAUGGUCCGAUACGUCCCCUACUUUAAGGAUAAAGGAGACAGCAACAGCUCCGCCGGCUGGAAGAACUCCAUCCGGCACAACCUCUCCCUGCACACUCGGUUCAUCCGUGUGCAGAACGAGGGCACUGGCAAGAGCUCCUGGUGGAUGCUGAACCCCGAGGGCGGUAAGACCGGAAAGACGCCCCGCCGGCGGGCAGUCUCAAUGGACAACAACAGCAAGUUCCUGCGGAUCAAGGGGAAGGCCAGCAAGAAGAAGCAGCUGCAGGUGACACAGGAGCGUGGGGAGGACAGCCCUUCCUCCCAGCAGGCCAAGUGGUCGGAGAGCCCUGCUUCCCAUGCCAGUGAUGAGUACGACGCCUGGGCGGACUUCCGGACGCGGGCCAACUCCUCAGCCAGCACGCUGAGCGGGCGCCUCUCACCCAUCAUGUCCAACCAUGAGCCAGAUGAGUUGGAGGAGGACGAUGGUACCCCGUCCUCUCCUCUGAUGUACCCCAGUCCCUCCAGCACCAUGUCUCCUUCCCUGAAUGCCCGUUGCUCUGUGGAGCUGCCCCGGCUGACUGAUCUGACUGGCACCAUCAGCCUGAAUGAGAGCCUCGGGGAGAGCUUGCUGGAUGACUUGCAGGAUGGCUAUAACAUGAGCCCUUCGCAGCAGCUCCCUCCGGCUGCCCUGCGGCAACGGAGCUCCAGUUUCACCUUCAACUCCAAGUGCUCCACCAUGGGGGCUGCCACCAACACGUACUGUGGGACUAUCUACAGCCAGCCGGCCAUGAGCCUUAUGCGCCGCCUGCCCAUGCAGACCAUCCAAGAGAACAAGCAAGCCACCUUCUCACCAGUCAGCUCCUACAGGAAUGCCUCGCUGCAGGACCUGCUCUCCUCCAUCUCCUAUGCGCACAAGGAGAGCAUGGUCCAGGGGGACCUGCCCCUGCCGCAGGCCAGCCCCAUGGUGCCGGCCCGCGGCCACAGACAGAACCCACUCCUGUGUGGGAGUGGGGAGCAGGGCUUGUCCUCCUACCCGGCCCACUCGGCCUCUCUCAUGAAGAGCAACACUUUGUACCACCCGUCACCAGCCAGUCACCACCCUGCGGUCAACACCAGUGCCUUAGCUAAUCCUGUCAGCCUUAUGAGCUUGCCCAGUGACACAUGCAGCAUGACAGCCAUGCCGCACCAUGGGCACCUGCAUUCCUACGCUAAUAACCAAGGGGCACACAUGAGCUUGCUGGAUUCACUGCAGGGCCCCUACCCAGGGGCUGUCCACCCCCCUGUGUUGGGCCAAGACAGGUUCCCAGCAGACCUGGACCUGGAUAUGUUCAACGGGAGCUUGGAGUGUGACGUGGAGUCAAUUAUCCUGAAUGACUUUAUGGACAGCGAUGAGAUGGACUUCAACUUUGACUCAGCUCUUCCACCGCAGAACGCGCUCAACAUGCCCACACUGCCUGGGGGCCCGCAGCCCACUAAUCAGAGCUGGGUGCCUGGGUGAUACGUGCCCAGACACUCGCCACCGAGAAGUCACAAGGGGAACAUUGAGACUAACUUUUUUUUUUCCUUUCUCUUCUGCCUUUGUUUGUUAAGAUGGGCUAGAGCCAUCGGUUUAAACUUGAGAGCAACACUAAACACAAACCAUAGGGUCAAACAUUGAUAGAGGCUUAGGGCCUGGCCCCAGCCCCUAGCCAGCCAGACGGGAAUGGCUGGGCAUACCACAAAGCUAGUGCCCGAUCUGCUGGGGUCCGCUGCCCUGCCAGGUCCUUCCACUAGCUCUCGCCAGAGGAAGCAGCGUGAGCAGGCGGGAGAGGCAGCUGAAGUCACGUGCGGUUCCCCAGGGCAUGCAUGGGGGAGCAGGAAGGAAAAGCCUUUCCAGACAGUUCAAGUGCCCCACUGUGCUGGUGUUGGUUUGAUUUCUCCUUGUGUUGGUUGUCCUUGGGCUGGGUGAUGGAGCGGUGAUGACUGGUAGUGUAGGACCCCCCGCUAUGUGGGCACUGCUAGUGCACCCCUGCCUGGAAAGAGAUCCUUUUCUCAGAGCCACCUCAGAAAAUUGUCUCCAAGUGGAAGUGUCAGGAGCAGCAAACCUGUUUCAGGGCAAGGGACCUCACCACCAUCUAGAUUAUUUUGGGGAUCUGAGCUCUGUGGAGCUCAGCUCUCAGGCUCUUCUGCUCGCACACCCAAGCCAUGCUCACUGCAGUGGUUUCCUUGUAUGGCUCUGGGCAGGUUUUCUUACCAAAUAGUGAGAAGCAGGGGUUGGAGAUGGCAGGAAGAGUAUGAACUCUGCAGCUGUAGCAGUCGGGUCAGCAUUUUGGCAGCCAAUGCGUGCACCAGCCUAUUCCAGUACUAGCCAGUGGCUCUGGAUGCUGUGGUCACAGGCGUGUAUGUCUGCAGGAAAACAGUAGUACCAGGCACUGCCUGCCCAAAGCACACGUGUACACACUCUGGCGUGUGUCGUACACAACUCUGCCUGCCCUGGCACACACACAGAGACUGUGUGAAUGUGGCCCUGCUGGGAGUGACAUGCUGCUAGCCUGAAUCCCCUGUGCCAGAGGCGGGCCAGGGGACCUCACAGGGUCAGGAAGGGGGGGCAUAUUUAUUUGAUUUCAUGCACUCUUUUGCCAUUGAGUUAUUGCAUUGGGAGAAAGAGUCCAACUUAGGGAGAGAGGAGAAGAGAGCCUGUGGGCACUGCACGCGCCCAUCACAAGUCCCAUCUUGGCUCAGCCAUGGCUCUGGGUGUUUGGUGCUGAGGCCUUUUACGUAAGCUGGGGGACUGUGAUGCUGCUCAUCCUUGGGAAGGGUGCCUAUGUGUGUGUGUGUGUCAGGGGGGAUGUUGUGGCCAGGCCUCUAGAGAGAGCACAGUGUCUGUCCUACCACUCGUGAGCAACCCCAGAUUGCUCAGCCAGCGUGACCCACGCUACUUGUCCGAGGAUGCAGAGAGGUGCCACAGGGCUCACAGCCACAGUGGGGGCUCCUGGAGGUCAUUAACUGUUCCAAGAGCGACUCCAGCCAAGAGCCAGCGUGUCUGUCCCUGAGGGCUCACCACGCUGUACUUGGGCCGACAGGAGAGCUGGUCAGGGCAGAGAGGCCAGAGAGGAUGUCGGUAAGAGUGGGCCAGCCCUGCGGGGCUCUGCAGAUGCCUUAAUUCAUCAGUCUGAUGAGGGCCAGUGUCUCACAGGGACUUGCAUCAUGAGUCAAACAUAGCCCUGUUUUGUGUUGGGAGCCCAACUCUGCCUCAGGCUGUUCUGCAGGGCAGGGAUGAACCAGAGCCCUGGGCUCAUGGACCUGUUGCCAUCCUGCACAGGUGGGGUGAGGGCUCCCUGCUCUGGAGCAGCCCAGCUGUUGAUGAACCAAGGCCUCUGCCCUGAUCGUUGGAGUAGGGCACGCAGGCACUCUCAUGGGCAGCUGGAGAGGAGAUGCAUGGGAUGGGAGGAGAGGGCUCUGGGAGCUGCUGUUCUAUCCUGCUGGGCUUUCUGCACAGCCCAUCUUCCUUUUGGGCAUCACAGACUUUCUCUUAACCCCCAUGAUCCUGGAUUGCAGCAAAGGUUAUUCUGCCAGAUUGGCAUGUUUCCCUUGCCCAUCUCUUCCUUUCCCACUGAAGCACCAUCUUGUGUAUCGCAGUCCAGGUGCUGGGUCCCACUGAGCCGUAGGGGAAGCACAGUUGCUCAGAGCCGGGGCAGUGUGGGGCCUGCAGGUGGGUACCCCUCACAGUCCUCUCCUGACCCAUGGCUGGUAUGUGUCUGUGGCAAAGUGUGACAGAGGAGCCCCUGUGCCACUGCUCACCUUCACCCCGGGCACACGGCAGGCAUAGUCUCUAAAGACAUUCUUACAGGUUAAUUAUGUUUACAUUAUUUGAUCAUGUACAGAAUUUAAUAUAUUCUAUUAUAUAUAAUCUUUCUUGAAUGCUUUUUUAAAAAGGAUUAUUCUUUGGUCAAGAUCAUUACUGCAUUUGUUUUAUACACCACCUCUUGUUUCAGGCAUAUUUAAAUCAUUGGAAGCCAAUUACAAUUGCAAGUGGCUGUUUAAUACCUGGCACCCCAGCUCUGCACAUGGGGUGCAAAGGACGUUAGUGAAGAAAGGUAGGGAGGGCAUAUGAGGCUGCCGUGGGAGAAAGGGUGUUCUGCCCCCAAACACGGGUGAAAAGGAAGGCGCCCUGACUCUUCCAAGCAGCCGAUUUUCAGGCACACAUCCAGCAGCACACCAGCAUGCAGGGCAGCGUGGGUGAGCUGGGGCUGACCCCGGUGAUCAGGUUUUGCAGAUGGGUUGAUUGGAGGAGCCAGCUUCAGGGCCUCCUUUUCCACCACAGCGUGUCCCCUGCUCUCGGCAGGGCGUUUUUGCUCCUGCUGCUGGCAGGGAGCUGAGCUCUGACACCAAGUUGCUUAGGUGCAGGGACCCUCAAAAGUCCCAGAGAGCCCUUUCGUGUCACAGAUAUGGACCAUUCAUUGAUGUGGAGGGGAAGCCACACCAGCAGUAAGAGAAAAGCCCCCCUGUCCCAUGCCUGCCCUGCUCCUCCCUGCUCAGCUCACCCUGCCCCGCAGUGUGGUGCACCUGGGCAUCCACCCCCAGGGCACGUCUUAUUGCAAAGGUGUCUUUGUGGUUCGUGACCGUGGGGUUGUCGUGUGUGCGGUGGAGUCUUGUUGGUAAGCGUCGUGUGUACAGUCGUCGUGCAGUGCGAGGGACAGCGGGCAAGGGGAGGCAGGAAGCAGGCACAGACCGGGCAGGCCCAGCUGUUGCCCCCAACAGUGACUGGGACCCCAGCAAGGCGGGUGGGCAGGAGUCAGGGGUGCAUGGCUGCAGGGGGAGGUGAGACGGGCUGGCCCCGCAGCUGUGGAGGAGAGCGGACCCAAGGGCUGGGACACACCUGGACUAUGGUGCCUGUGCACCCUUGCGAGGCUGCGGUGCAGGGUGAACCGGCAUGCAGGGAGCUGUGCCCCAGCCCCAUGCCCAGCGCAGGGACGAUGGGGCCAAGCUUUGCGCCUGUGGGCCAGGUAGAUCUCAUGCAAUGCCUAGGAGGUGGACGGCUCAGCCAUUCCCUCCGCAGCUCUCACCACCCUGCUCCUGGCACUGCUACGAGCACAGAGAAGGGGAAACCAGGGCUUUAUUCCACUGUCUUGUGGGGAUGGAGCCAGUGGCAGAGGCUCAAGGUUUCAUCUCUGGAAACAGCUCCCCAAGCACGGGCCACCUGGUGCCAGCUCGCUCAGCUUUGGCAUCCCCACCCUCCAUCUCGCCCUCUCCUUCCUGGCCUCCGCCAGCCCCGUCCAUCCCUGGCGGCCCCAUCUCUGCCCCACAGGACAGCCUUUCAGGGCAGGAAGCACCCGCCUGCUCCUGGCCCUGCUCCCAGCGAGCCUGAGCCCUGCCCGGAGCGAGGAGCCAGUGCUGAGGGGACACUGAAGGGGCCCCACCAGUUUGCUUCAUAUGGCGGUUUCGGUUUGUUCUUUCCCUCGUAUUUAUAACUGUACAGACUGGGGGGGAGGGUCUCUGACAGGCGUCAUCUCUCACCACACAUCUAUCGUAGGCAAUGGUAACUUUCUUGAUUGUGCUAUUAGAGUUUGUGUAUGUGGCAAUGUAAAGAACUGUGUAUAGUGCAUUGUACAGCAUAUUUUCAUGAAUAAAAUUGUUUUAAAUAUUACAA